UUAUCUCUGAUGCCUUCUGUGGCAAAUCUUGUGAAGUUAAGGGUUUUGGAUCUAUCUUGGUGCCACAAAAUUCAAGAACUUCCACAUGGGAUGGAGCAACUAAGUAACCUCAGAUGCCUGAACCUCGCUUGUGCAAACAUCGAAGUAUUUCCAGUUGGAUUAUUGGCCAAAUUUAUCUUACUGGAAGAUCUAUUAAUGGUUGGUUGUGGUCAUACAUGGGGAUCAAGGGCAGUAGAAGGCAUCACAGGAGGGGCAAAUAUUGAAGAAAUUAUAAGCUCCACUAGUUUAUCAUCUCUGAGAGUGGACUUUUGGAACUUGGAAAUCUUUGAUUACUAUGUGAAAUCGGGGCACUGGGAACAACUUGACGAAUUCAAAUUCAAUAUUGGUCAGCCGUUUGAACAAUGCUCAGAGAAAAGAAGCAUAGCUUUCAAAGGAAACUUACUUUUGAAUGGAAGACCUAUUGUGCUUCCAACAAACACUACUGGAUUGUCUUUUAAUGAAUGCCCUGAUAUUUUUUUGUUGUCAGCAUACCUAUUUGAUUUGAAGGAAUUGAGAUCGUAUCAAGUUUACUCAUGCCGAAACAUGAAAUACAUCAUUUAUGCUAAUCAGACCAUUUUAUCUACCUUGGAAAUACUGAAACUCAAUAAUCUUUUCGAUUUGAGAACAAUAAGUGUGGGCAUUGUGGAGCAAUACACUCUAAUGAACCUGAAGAUAAUUGAAGUUGUAGCUUGUGGAAGUGUUAUAUGGCUAUUCCGUGGAGAUAUACUGAACAGCCUUCAAAAUCUUGAGGAAAUUGUUGUUGGGGACUGUGCCAAGAUGAGGUACAUCAUGUAUGAUUCUUAUGCUGGCAAAAUCCCCUUACCAAAAUUACAGAGCUUGAAGUUAUAUGAUCUACCAGAGCUGGAAAGCAUCUACGAUGGAGUCAUCACUUCACAUUUUCUACGUUCUGUUGACAUUUUGGGUUGUAAUGCUUUAAAGAGGCUUCCUAUGGCUCUCUUUGAUGACAGCAAUUUACCGCAACAAUUACCACCUCCUUCUCUUAAAGAAAUCAAAGGAACUUUUAAGUUGGUGGGAAUCACUGGAAUGGGAUCAACCUGAGGCUAAAACCAUUCUACAUCCAUACUUCAUAGAAGAGGAUGCAGAAAUGCUAAAGCAUCGCCUUGAACAGUAUCACAGGACACCAAUAUGUGACCUCAAAACUGAAAUGGAAAAUAACCUUGUCAUUGUGUGAAGAUCUUAGACAGAAUCAACAAUGCUAUUGAAUUGUCCUGUUAAAUGAAGCUUAUGCAGGUCACACUCCAUUUACUGUAGGAAAGCAGUCUUGAGAAGGAGAAAAUUUUUGCAGGAGGCAAGUUGUUGGCAUGGUGAUGUUAUUCCAGGAUCUGGUUGAUGAAAUGUGAGGCUGAUUGUCAGAUUUUUUGAAUCUUGUAUAAACUGUAAAACAAGUUCUGCAAAAUUCACAGUUUUAUUUAUACUUUUGGUUUUCCCAUUUGCUUUUGUUUGUUUAAGGUAAUAUUAUAACAGAUUUAUUUGUCUA